UCCUCUUUCCUUCCUAAACACUGUGGACACCACAGCUCCCAGGGGGCUGACAAUCUGGCCAGAGAAGGAACAGGAUCACACUCCCGUCAGGACCCCCACCCCUCCAAGAAACAUGAACCGGAAAGACAGCAAAAGGAAGUCUCAUCAGGAAUGCUCUGGGAAGGCAGGAGGACGGGGUCGGCCACGACAGGCCCGCCGCCACAAGACGUGCCCCACCCCCCGGGAAAUCAUCAAGGUUAUGGCUUCCAUGAAUCUGGGGGUGCUGAGUGAAGGCAGCUGCAGUGAAGAUGAGCUACUGGAGAAAUGUAUUCAGUGCUUCGACUCAGCUGGCAACCUACGCCGUGGGGACCACAUUCUCAAGAUGGUGCUGAUGAUGCACAGCUGGGUGCUGCCAUCCUCAGACUUCGCUGCCCGGCUGCUGACCUCAUAUCCUCCCACAAUCUACCAGAAGGCUGCCAAAGAUGCACAGGAGCUAAGACAGCUACAGAUCUGUCACCUGGAGAGCCUGUACCGAGAUAUGCAUCAUCAGAUUGGCUCCUACGGUCUCCCUAUACCUGUGCUAGCCACCCUAACUCAAAUUCCUUGUCUCCUGUCAUCCCUCCCUGCCCCCUAUCCUGCCCCCACCCUCCAUGUCCCCCCAAACCCUCAGCUCUUGAGCCACUCCAGUAGCCUGUCCAUCUUGGCCUCCAGACUGAGUCCCGGAGGACCCGGCCCCCCACCUCUCAUGAGCAGCCCAGGCUUGGGCAAGAAGCGCAAAGUCUCCUUGCUGUUCGAUCACCUGGAGUCAGAGGAGCUGGCUCAACACCUCACUUACCUCGAGUUCCGGUCCUUCCAGGCCAUCACGCCCCAAGACCUGCGGGGCUAUGUUUUGCAGGGCUCAGUGAGGGGUUGUCCCGCUCUGGAAGGUUCUGUGGGUCUGAGCAACAGUGUGUCCCGCUGGGUGCAGGUCAUGGUGCUGAGCCGUCCUGGGCCCACACAGCGUGCCCAGGUACUGGACAAAUUCAUUCAUGUGGCAAAGAGGCUUCGCGAGCUACAGAAUUUCAACACGUUGAUGGCAGUCACGGGGGGGCUGUGCCAUAGUUCCAUCUCCAGACUCAAGGACUCCUACACCCACCUGAGCCCCGACAGCACGAAGGCCCUUCUGGAGCUGACGGAACUCCUCGCCUCCCACAACAACUAUGCCUGCUACCGCCGCAUCUGGGCCAGCUGUACUGGCUUCCGGCUGCCGGUACUGGGUGUACACCUCAAGGACCUGGUGUCCCUGUAUGAGGCCCAUCCAGACAGAUUGCCAGAUGGCCGCCUCCACCUACCCAAGCUGAACAGCCUCUACCUACGGCUACAGGAGCUGGCAACACUCCAGGGACAGCAUCCCCCCUGCAGUGCCAACGAGGACCUGCUACAUCUGCUGACGCUCUCCCUGGAUCUCUUCUACACAGAAGAUGAGAUCUACGAGCUUUCUUAUGCCCGGGAACCACGUUGUUCCAAGAGCCUGCCACCCUCCCCCUACAAAGCACCUCUGGUGUUGGAGUGGGCCCAUGGUGUGACACCAAAGCCAGACAGUGUGACCCUGGGUCAGCAUGUGGAACAGCUGGUGGCGUCUGUGUUCAAGAACUACGACCCAGAAGGCCAUGGCACCAUCUCUCUGGAGGACUUUGAGCGACUGUCAGGCAAUUUCCCCUUUGCCUGCCACGGGCUUCACCCGCCUCCCCGCCACGGGAGCGGCUCCUUCAGCAGAGAGGAGCUGACAGAAUACCUGCUCCGUGCCAGCGCCAUCUGCUCCAAGCUGGGCCUGGCCUUCCUGCACACCUUCCAUGAGGUCACCUUCCGCAAGCCCGCCUUCUGUCACAGCUGCAGUGGCUUUCUCUGGGGUGUCAACAAGCAAGGUUAUCGUUGUCGGGACUGCGGGCUGUGUUGUCACAGACACUGCAGGGACCAAGUGAGAGUGGAGUGUAAGAAGAGGCCGGAGACGAAGGGCGAUCCUGGUCCCCCAGGAGCGCCUGUGCCAGCCACACCACACCCUCCUGCCAGCUGUGGCUCUGAGGAAAACCUCUCCUAUACACUAUCCCCGGAUGCUGAGUCUGGUUGCCGCCUUCGCCAUGCUUGGACCCAGACGGAGUCCUCACACUCUUCCUGGGAGACAGAGAUGGUGCCCUCCCCAGCACCAGUUCCAUCGUCCAACGCUUCCUCGAAGCCCAGUGCCUGAACAGCAUCUGGAGUCCCUUCCCUCCCUCCCGGACCACCGUCUCAUCCACACCCACACUGCCUCUGACAAACACCCAUCAUCUUUUACCCUGCACCGACUGUCAAUCAUUCUCCUCCCCCUCACUUAGCAUCUGCGGCUCAGGGUUGGAUGAAUUUGGACUCAGGCCGUGUCGUCUCCCCAGCCCCCCCACUCCCCAGAUAAGGAGACUAAAGCUUAGUAAGGUUAAGCUUCCUGCUCAAAAUGUGGGAGGCAAGACUCACACUGUUUCCAAAUGAAGCUCUGGACCAGUGGACCACCGGGACUGUUGGCAUGUGUCUGGCGGUUAUGAGAAUGGAGGGGACAGAGUCCUAACCAAUGUCAGGAGAAACGCUGGUGUGGGCAGGAAAUACCUUCCUCUGCUCAGGGCUUCCGCACCGUGCUCAAGGUAAAACCCGGUCCUGUGGUUUACAAAGCUCCGCGAGGCCUGUCCCCACCACUGUCUUCCCUUUCCACAUCUUACCUCCUGCCCAUCCUCGUCCGCCUACACUGGCCUCUAUGUUCCUAGAACAUGCCCAAAGUACUCCUGCCCCGGGGCCUUUGCACUGGAGGGUCCCUUUAUCUGGAAUGCUGUUUACCAGAGGUCUAUAUGACUCACCUGCCUUAGAGCUUUGCUCAAGGAACAUCCCCUUGACGAGGCUUCCUGACCUCAGAGAUGUCACACAUCCAUGUUCUGACCUCCUUCCUGCUUUAUUUCCCCCUGUGGUGCUUUGGUCCUCUAGCAGACUAGACAUUUCACCUAUUUAUCUUGUUAACCGCCUGCUCUCCUCACCAGGAAGAGCUAGCAAAAGGCAGAUGUUCAUCUGUAUUAUCAUCCUGCUGUGUCCCGGCUGCCCAGUCCCUGUGAAGUGUUUGUCUGAUGCUUCAGUGUGUCUUUCCCCACACCCACGUGAAAAGCAAAAGGCUUAUCCAGACCUGGGGGCAGCAAUCCCCCUGCCCCUCCACAAACCCACACACCCUUGAGCUGGUCCCUCCAGAAACAGAUCCUACAACCAUCAAAAGAAUUAAAUUUAUUUUUCAGACAA